AUUUAUCAGAACUGUUAACACGAGUUCAAAAAAUGGGUGUAGGGAACAUAACCUUAAAAUAAAUAACAAAAAAAAAACACAUUUAGCCUCAACCUCUUCAUUUAUUUUAUUGUAUCAAACUGAAACAUUAUUGUAUUAUUAAACAUAUUUUUGUAUAUAAGAGACCUUGCCAAUUGGAUAAUCCUGUCUGAUCGAAAAUGACUUCUGAAAAACAUUUUCUGAAAAAUAUUUCGAAAAAAAUCACUUUUUCAAUCUUCACAAUCGAAUAGUGAAUGUGAAGAUUUAAAAAUUUUAUUGACUUGAUGAAACAAUCAAAAGGGAUCAAAGUGCUCCAAGUGAGGUGUUUAUUGUGUCAUGAAGCCUUGAGAUAUAGCAGAGACUAUACCCGACCCCUGAUUGAGCAUUUGAAAAGAAGACAUCCUUACAUAAACAUUGCGAGGCUACCAUCACUUCCUGAUUCCAGUGACCGUUUGUACAUGAGAACCAGCGUCGAAGGACUCGCGAAUCCUACUAUCAGCUCCUAUAUAGCUAUGGAAAAGGAACGAUCUUGGCAAGUCCUUGAAUCGAAAGAAAACGAACAACUGGCCUUUGAUUCUACUCUCAAGAAGGAAUAUACUACCCCUAUGCCUAGCAAACCAUGGAUAUUGGGUAGUGGCCGACUUCUGUGUACCAGGUGUGGCUGUCAAACGGAUCCAAUGCUAGAGAAAAAAGAUUCAACUUACAAUUCUUUUGGAAGGACGUGUUUUUUGUUAUGGUGCUGGCCUUUUUCGUUUAUGACGUAUAACUUUUGCGCAGAGAAGACCGUAAAGCUGUUCUGUAAGAAAUGCUCAUCCUAUUUGGCUACUUAUGACCUAAAAGAGAAAAGAUUGGUGCAUCGGCGACCUUUUAACCAUUCCCGGCAAGCCUCGUCUGUCGUCGCUAAGCUGUCAACAUCUGCCCCCAGCAUCAGCAUCCACUCUAACAGUUGGGAAAAAGUGAAAAAUGGCCAACUACCCCUCAGCCAUUCUUCCAUCAAGUAGUGAUUAUUAUUGCGAAAUAAAAAAAGCACUUUAUAAACUAA